UUAACCAUAUUUAGUAUGUUUUUUUAGUAUUGUGUUUUAAGAUGUCAUCUGAUAUAAAUGUUACAUCCCCUGAUAACUCUGAACUUGUUGACACUGUAAGUGAAGAUAACCUUUGCACUGUAUGUUGUGAAAAUAUAAAAUUUGUUGCCAUUGGUCCAUGUGACCAUCCAGUAUGUUAUAAAUGUUCUGCAAGAAUGAGAGUUUUAUCAAAGCAGAUAUAUUGCUCAACCUGUCGCGCUGAUAUGAGUCAAGUUGUGUUUUGUAAAUCGAUAAAAAAGUUUAGUUCUUUUUCACUUCAUAACUUACCUGGAAAUCGUAAAUAUGGAAUCCGAUUUGAAGACAAGCUUAUUCAAAGUGAAUUCCAACAUCUAAUUGCAAAUAUUUGUGUUCUUUGUAAUAACAAGAAUAAUAUAUUUUUAACACUUCAUGAUUUAAAAUCUCAUUUACGUAAAGCUCACGAAAAACAGAUGUGUGAUAUAUGUGUUGAAAAUCUUACAGUUUUUCCACAUGAGCUGAAAAUUUACUCUAAAAAAGAUUUAGUAAAACAUAGAAAAGAAGGAGAUGAAGAUGAAAAAUCUCAUCGAGGUCAUCCAGAAUGUCGCUUUUGUUCUGAAAGAUAUUUUGACAAUGACCUUUUGUUAUUUCAUUUGCGUAAAAAUCAUUUUUGGUGUCAUUUUUGUGAACAUGAUGGAAGACAAGACUACUAUGAUGUGUAUGAUGAUUUGCGACAACAUUUUGCAAACAAGCAUUAUUUAUGUGAAGAUGGUAAUUGUGUUAAUGAAAAAUAUACAUCCGUAUUCAGGGAUAAAAUUGAUUUUCAAGCACACAAAUUAGCACAACACGUUAAGAAGAUGAAUAAGUUAGAAGCUAAAGAAGCAAGAAAAGUUGAAAUCGAUAUACGAUACGAAAGACGUCAACCCCAGUCUAAUCUUGUGAAUGCAGCUGAUUAUGAAGAUAUAAACCCUGUAGAAAAUAAAAAAAACAGAAUGGGCGCACCAAAUUUACUGCAAAAUAAUGCUUCAAGUUUUAAUUCUUCAAGUUCAUUUGAAAUCAAUGGAAAAGACUAUGAUUAUGUUGUAAAAGAAAGAAGAAAAUUAGAUGUUCGAACUAAUCAAAAAGAAAAUAUCCAAAGUUUGGAAAAUAGAUCAACUCUUAGUUCUGAGAACAAUACUAAGCGUGACUAUUAUCAAGAUAAUGACGGAGUUAUUGGAAUGUCAGAGCAUAUAAAUAAACAAAUAGUUGAGGCGAGUCAAACAAACAAUGCAAAAGAUUUUGUUGAGCCUGCACCAAUAGUUAAAGAGAAAAUUGAGAAAUAUUCCGAUAGUAGUAUUGGCGACAAUUCCUUGAGAGCUGAAUCUGAUUUCCCUUCCUUGCCAGGUUCUUCACACGUGCCGUUCCAACCUGCAAAGAGUCUUAAAGAGAAACACGACGAAGCUUUUCCAGCACUUACUUCUUCAAUUAAACUUAACAAUGAAGUUGUUUCAGCUAGUAAAUUCACUGCUCCACAUGCAUCCCUUUUAGUUAAAACCGUCAAGUGUAAGAAAAAAUCAGCUGGUAAAUGGUCUAAACAAAAAGAUGAAGUGAAUACGAUUAAUGAAGAUUUUCCGUCGUUAAGUACGCUGACUGUUGAUCUCACUCCUCUUUCAGAAACCCAAAACCCAAAAAAAUCCAUAAAGACGGUUAAAACAGAAAAUGUAAAUAAUUUAAAAAAAAAGUGUCCGCCUGGUUUAUGUGAAUCAAAACAGAUCAGUAAUAACGUUUUAAAAAGUACCAUAAAUACUUCAAGAAGAAAUCCGCCUGGUCUUGAUGUUUCUAAAAACAUUGUUGAAACCAAAUCUAUGCCUCCUGGUUUAUCUAUAAAAUCUCCUAUUGAUCCAAAUGAAAUUAAAAAAGAGAGAAAUCUUAAUUUGUUAGCCAUGCUUAAAAUGUAUUUAGACGAUUUUAAUUUAGGUGUUUUUAAAGAUCUCUCAGGUGAUUUUCGACGUGGUCUUAUCACUCCUGAAAAAUACUACCGUGAAAUAUCGCAUCUGUUAGGGGAUAAUAUUAAGUACGUUUUUUCCGAAUUAGUAGCCUUGCUACCUGACGAAGACAAGCAGCAAGAACUUUUUCUAGUCCAUAACAAUAAUAUUAUAUCGCAACAGUCAAAGCCAGAAUCAAGCGCUGAUUAUACAAGCAAAAAUCAAUGGAAAUCUAAACAAAAUCCAAAGAUAGAACCGAUCAUUGAGAAUCCGGAUUGUGGUACUUUUAUCCCUCAAGCCCUUUCACAUAUGGAAUCUCAUCAAGAAAGUUUUCCCGCGUUACCUACUGCCUCAAAAAAGAAAAAUUACUUUAACUCGACUAAUGGACAUCGAAAUGUUUCUUUAAAGAAUGCUUGGGCAAAAUAAAUUGGUUAUUAUAAAAAUUUCAAAUUUUCCUA